AUUGUAAUCGUUAGGCUCGUCACCAUUUCUCUGCGAUCGCUCUCUUUUUAAGCUCCUUCUUCCUCCAUACUCUCUCACUCUUCUCAAAAUAGCAAAACCCAAUUCAGAGAAACAAAACACAAAUGGCUGAUUGUAAACGCUCUGCUUCAACAAUUGUAGCCAUGAACGAUGCUUCUCCAAACGGAACCUCCAUCUCCAAGAAAAGGAAAACCACUGCUUCUCUUUCUCCUCCUGCGUCGCAGUUCCGCUCCUCUGAAAUGCAGCUCCAGCUUCUCAACUCCAAUCAUUCACUUCCUCAAUCUCCAGACAAAACCAUCUCGCCGGUAACUUCCGUGAAUUCAGCUGUAAUGGAGGCUUCCGACGAAAUUCGGUUGGAUUGGACUCCGCUGUCUCGUUUCCGCUCAAGGAAGUUUGCUGUAACCACCGACGUCGUUAAGGAGCUCGAAACCUCGCCGUUAGAUUCGGAGCUGCAAACCAAGGGUUCCGAAACGGUAGACUCAACGAAGCGCAAUUUGAAGUCAUUCAGUUUAUUGAACAACGGAGACUCGAAACCAAGAGUGUUGUUUACUGGGAAUAGGCCGACGGAGGAAGAGACGGAUGAAUUCUUUGCAAAGGCCGAGAGGGAGGAGCAGAAACGGUUUGCCGAGAAGUACAACUUUGAUAUUGUUAGAGGUAUGCCGUUGGAGGGUCGGUACGAGUGGGUUCGUUUACAUUGAAUGUAAUGAAUGAGAGAGAGAGAGAGAGAGAGAGGAGAAAGAAAGAAAGAAAGAAAAAAAAAACAAAAAAAAAAGCGUGCAUUUUUAGUUAUAGAGUCAGAGAAAGAGAUAGGUAGAGAGGGAUUAAUGGAAAGUGAAGUGGAGAGGGAGAGAUAAGUAGCUAGAGUGUAGUGAGUAGUGGUGCCCACAGGACACGGAUGACUGGUAAGGAAGCUAAACUGACACAAGGUUAAAGUAAAUUGACCGUGCAACUUCUGGUACAUAUAUAUUGGAGAGACGGUGAUGCUGGUGAUCAUGGGUGGUAUAGGACUUUUGUACAGUUAUAUAUUUAAAUUUAACUGUUUUCUCUUUAUGUUGGAUACAACUACCUGCCUUAAUUUUCUGCAACAACACACACAAUCAAUCUCAGCUGAGCUCUCAUAGAUAGCAGUAGAGAAGUUUAGAAUCUUCUUAAUUUCUUAAGGUUAAAUUCGGGUUGUGUCGUGUGGGAACUGUACAAUUAAUGGCAUUCUGUCUCUUUCAGUGUUUCCAGUACAAUAAAGGAAUCAGCUAGUUCUUGUUAGGGUGGUUUACAUUAUUCAUUGUUUAGAACUCAUUCAUACAACUUCAGUUGUUAUUUGGAAAUUUUAUUUAUUAUGAAAAAAGUGUCUUCUAUUCGAGCUUC